CCGCCCCACCUUCCCGCUCCCCACAACGGCUACGAGGGCGGCAGCGGCCGAGCGCCGAGAGGGAGGGGAGAACGGGUCACGACGCUGCCGGGGCGGGGAUAACCCCUCACGUGGAGCAGAUGAAAGGGCCGCGGCGAGACGGCCGGGGGAGCCGAGCGGAGCCUGCGACCCACAAAGCCGCCGCCGCCGAGAUGGGACUGUGAGGCGUCCGCCCGCUCUCGGUCCUCCGCCGGCCCGCGACUAUGCCUGGCCGCGCCCGCCCUCCGCGCCCUCCCGCCGCAGGACCAUGAGGCCGCGCUCGGGCGGGCGCUCAGGGGCCCCGGGCCGCCGCCGCCGCCGCCCCCGCCGCCGCUCCCGCGGGCCCCGCAGCCGUCGCUUGCCGCCGCCGCCGCCGCUGCCUCUGCUGCUCGGGCUGCUGCUGGCGGCCACGGGGCCAGGCGCGGCGCGGGCCAAGGAGACGGCGUUCGUGGAGGUGGUGCUGUUCGAGUCGAGCCCGAGCGGCGAUUACACCACCUACACCACCGGCCUCACGGGCCGCUUCUCGCCGGCCGGGGCCACGCUCAGCGCCGAGGGCGAGAUCGUACAGAUGCACCCGCUGGGCCUGUGUAAUAACAAUGAUGAGGAGGACUUGUAUGAAUAUGGCUGGGUAGGAGUGGUGAAGCUGGAACAGCCAGAAUUGGACCCAAAACCAUGCCUCACUGUCCUGGGCAAGGCCAAGCGAGCAGUGCAACGGGGAGCUACUGCAGUCAUCUUUGAUGUAUCUGAAAACCCAGAGGCCAUUGACCAGCUAAACCAAGGCUCAGAAGAUCCACUCAAGAGACCAGUGGUAUAUGUGAAGGGUGCAGAUGCCAUCAAGUUGAUGAACAUUGUCAACAAGCAGAAAGUGGCUCGAGCAAGGAUCCAGCACCGUCCUCCUCGACAACCCAUCGAGUACUUCGACAUGGGCAUGUUCCUGGCUUUCUUUGUGCUUGUCUCCUUAGCUUCCCUCAUCUUUCUUGUCAGAAUCAAGCUGAAUCAGCGACGUCAGAAUUCCAUGAACAGGCUGGCUGUGCAGGCUCUAGAGAAGAUGGAAACCAGAAAGUUCAACUCAAAGAGUAAGGGGCGCCGAGAGGGGAGCUGUGGGGCCCUGGAUACCCUCAGCAGCAGUUCCACAUCUGACUGUGCCAUCUGCCUGGAGAAGUACACCGAUGGAGAGGAGCUUCGAAUUAUCCCCUGUACUCACCGGUUCCACAGGAAAUGCGUUGAUCCAUGGCUGUUGCAGCACCACACCUGUCCCCACUGUCGGCACAACAUCAUAGAACAAAAGGGAAGCCCAGGUGCCAUGUAUGUGGAAACGAGCAACCUUGCACGUGGUCGGCAGCAGAGGGUGACUUUACCAAUACAUUAUCCUGGUCGUGUGCACAGGACCAACGCCAUCCCAGCCUACCCCACAAGGACAACCAUGGACUCCCACGGAAACCCCGUUACACUGCUAUCCAUGGACCAGCAUGGGGAGCAGAGCCUUUAUUCUCCACAGACCCCCACCUAUAUUAGUGGCUACCCACCCCUACACCUGGACCACACCCUGGCUGCUCAUCGCUGCAGCCUCGAGCAUCGAGCAUACUCACCAGCCCACGGCUUCCGCAGGCCCAAAUACAGCAGCCGCAGCUUCUCCAAGGCAACUUGCUUCUCCCAGUAUGAGACCAUGUAUCAACACUACUACUUCCAGGGCCUCAGCUACCCGGAGCAGGAGGGCCCACCCCCGCCUACCCUCCCACCCAGAGGCCCGUCCCGUGCCUUCCCAUCCAGUGGGGGCAGCAGCCUUCUCUUUCCCACUGUGGUACACAUGGCCCCACCCUCCCACCUGGAGAGUGGCAGCAUGUCUAGCUUCAGCUGUUACCAUGGCCACCGCUCCAUGUGCAGUGGUUACCUAGCCGACUGCCCGGGUAGUGACAGCAGCAGCAGUUCUGGCCAGUGCCACUGUUCCUCCAGUGACUCUGUGGUGGACUGCACUGAGGUCAGCAACCAGGGCGUGUAUGGGAGCUGCUCCACUUUCCGCAGUUCUCUCAGCAGUGACUAUGACCCUUUUAUCUACCGCAGCCGGAGUCCUUGUCAUACCAGCGAGACAGGGGCUUCAGGCAGCUCAAACAGAGGGCCUGCUGUGUGCCUUGAGGGCUCCCUACCACCCGAGGAGCUCCUGGCAGCACAUAGUCAUGGUGCUGGAAAGGGAGAGCCAUGGCCAGGCCCUGCCUCUCCCUCCGGGGACCAGUUGUCCACCUGUAGCCUGGAGAUGAACUAUAGCAGUAAUUCCUCCCUGGAGCACAGGGGGCCUGCUAGCUGUACCUCAGACGUGGGGCUUGAGGCUUCUUCCGGGGCUGCCCUGGACCUCAGGAGGACCUGGAAGGGGGCCCGAGAGGGGCCAUCAUGUGUCUGCUGCUGUGAGCCUCAGCCCUUUGCACUGGGGCCUGGAGUAGGAGCACCUGGCAGUUGCAGUACUUUGUUCCUGAGUGCCCCCCUUCAUGAGGGCUGCAGCCACACUGGAGGGGAGCUACAGCCAGGAAGCUCCCAGAGCCUGUCUGGUCUUCACCCAGACCAUUUGCCCAGGAUAGAUGGGGUGAAAUAUGAGGGCCUGCCUUGCUGCUUCUAUGAAGAGAAACAAGUGGCCCAUGGUGGUGGAGGGGGUAGCGGCUGCUAUACUGAGGAUUACUCGGUGACCGUGCAGUACACACUUGCUGAGGAGCCCCCACCUAGCUGCUACCCAGGGGCCCAGGACCUGAACCAGCGCAUCCCCAUCAUUCCAGAGGAUGUGGACUGUGACUUGGGCCUACCCCUAGGCUGCCUAGGGACUCAUAGCCUCAGCCCCUGGGGUGGGACACUGGGUCUGAAUGCCCUGCGGCCCCCCAGGGGGUUGGGGACAGCCCAGGAAGAGGAGCAGGCUCCAUUCUACCAGGCUGAUGUGCCACUGCAGCCUGAUUGUCCUCCAGAGGAGGCAGGUGCCACCAGGUCCAAUCUCCCCAGUGACCCGCCAGACACUCAGAAGUCCAACGCCCCAGGUGCUGAGGCUGCAGGACCAGGAUCUUGCCCAGCAGAAGGCAGCGGCAUGGGAGCCUGAGCUCAGAAGGAACUCUUACUGAAAGUUGGGAACUGUUGGACUCUGACUUACUGCAAAAAAAAAAGAAAAAGGAAAAAAAAAGAUUUUUAGCUUUGACAAACACGUAAAAGUGGUAAUAAAGAGAGCCCUCCGUUCAACCCAAAAUGUGAGCCACCUGUGGCAAAAGUCUCCUCUCCCAUUAACAAACCAACAGACAAAAUUCUGAGUCCUUCACCUCUUUUGAUAACAUGUUAUUCUAUUUUGUAAAGUGUGUGCUUGGGAUUACAAGGUGUGUGGGAUUGAGUUCUCUGCUUUGUCUUUUUUUAAAGAUAUAUGUAGAUGUAAAAAGUUAUUUAAAUAUAUAUUUUAAAGAACUUAACCACCAACUUUUGCUGAAAAAGAAAAAAAAAAAUCACUGCUGCAUUAAAUGAACCGCAUCAUGUGUAGAUACUGUUGUCUCCCUGGAGGGAGCUCAGGCCUUUCAAAAGCUCAGGGCUAUUCCUGCCUUAGAAAAUGAAUCAGAAACUUGAAGUAAAGCUAUUUACUAUGGGUACAAACUCUGAGGAACAAUGCAAAGCUGUGUCUUUCUCAUGGCAAAUCCAAAUGUACACAAUGUCAGGUCUUCUUGGAAGCCAUGCCUCUUCAGCCUACACCUUUAGAACAGGUGAUGGAAAUGGCUGGGAAUAGGCCAGAAAGUCUAUAGCACUGGAGAGCUGGAUCAAACCAUUGCUGCACAAGCCUCAGCAUGACAAAGACAGUUCUGCCCAGUAUCCUCAGUCUGUCCCUUUGGGUUAUCCCAAACAAAAGUUCACAGCCUGAUCUUGGCAGAGGCCCAGAUCAUAAUAGGGCAGUGUUCUUGAGGUCCUUGACCUGAACUGUAACUCCUGGGGCAGAGAAGAGAAAGCUCUGCCUCUGUUUUUGACUUUAGAUUCCUUUGGAAAUAUAUUUUGAACUUCCUACCACUGGCUGCAGAAAUAGUUGAAACAGGGAGUAUGGGCAAACACCCAGAAGGAAUGUAGUGUUUGUGGCCUUGGUAUCUGAUGGGGCUGGGGGAGAUUGCUCUGAGUACCCACAGCACACUACCGUUUGGAGAAGGGCACCGUUGUGCACAUCCUCUGUAGAGGGAGAAGCCAAGCACCUUUGGCUGCUGUUUCCUUGGGGUAGGGGUUCAGACCCCAUGGGGAAAGGGUGCCCUGAGUUCCCUUUGAAUACUUCUCCCAGCCCAUUUCCCCACAGAAGCCCCACUUCAGGGUUAUUCAGCCUUCUGUCUCAUGGCUGAAAUUGCUCAUCUCACCUACAGAUGUCUACUAUCUAUCUCCCUAAUAAUGCACUACUAUAUAUUGAUUCUCCAUGAGACAGAUUAUCAGGUAGUUUAGACCCAAAGGGUAGGUUUUUGUAUAUUUUUCCAGCGUUUGUUUUUUUAAGGGUAGGGAGAGUUUUUAAAACCCAAACCAUUUUUUAAGAGGUGUUUCAUGUUUAAAAGGGAGAGACUACUUAAAACUACUUCACUGGGGAUAUAGCUCAGUGGCAUAAGCACCUGCCUCAUAAGCUCAAGGUCCUGAGUUCAAGUCCCAGUACCAAGAAAAACUACAGAUCAGGGAUUGUCAUCCUUUUUGUCCAGUGUAUGCCUUCUUGUUCUUAAUUCCCUCCCUCUUAGAGGAAACUAGUCACGUUAGCCCCUUGUGUUCACUAAUUCUUCUGAUCACUUUUUUUUUCCCCUGUAGCAGAUAGCUGUUGCCAUCUGAAAGAGUAUGGCCCAUUGAGUAUCUAAAAGCUCAUUUGAGAAUCGGAACCUUGGGACCUGGUUUCUGUAGGUGGAAAUAGGGGUCAUCUUGGGGUAUCAGAAGACUUAUUGACCCCUCUCCAGUGGUGCACUCAGGAAGUCAGCCCAGGGUCCAGACUGGAACAUUUUGAAUAAAAGUCUCAUGAUCUCAGAAUACUUUCAAGGCCCCAACCUAUUAUGAGGAAAUUAUUCCUAGCCAGGAUUUAACAGAAAUCCUAACGUCAAGCCAUUGUUGAUCCAAGCCAUUUGCUAUUUAGGAACUCAAGAGUGGUGAGAUUUAUCCUACAGCCUCUUAGGGUACACUUCCUUGGGGGGUUGCUCCCCUGGGCUGUGCCCAGCACACCUGUUGGUAAGGGUGUGAGAAGCUCCUAAGUGGUUGACAUGAGAUCAGGGCCGCCUUUAUUUCUGGGGCCAGGAGUGGCAGCUGCUAAGAACAACAGCUUGCAUUACAUGGUUUUAGGGAGGGGAGUGGAUCAUGACUUUUAACAUGAGCUGCAAAAAGCAACUUCUCAUUGUUGAGUUUUUUGUUGUUUGUGGUUUUGCUUUUUUGUUUUUAGUGCCAGAGUGUGUAUUAUCUUCCUUUUUUGAAACCCUACUCCUAAAGCAGCUUUCUUUAGCCCUGGCUAGAAAACCACUCCUGAAUAACUUUAAGCAGUAAAUAGAUGAGAGAAUUUACUGCCAAUGGACUUGUUAAAAUAAAUGUGUUAGUUUUCGUUUGAAAGACUGUUAAUUGUAGACAAUAAUAAGAAGCACAUUUAAUUUUUGUACUUUACAAUGGAAGCAGCAAAAAUGAAAAAUUUAAAAAUCAAGCAUCUUUCAAAUUUGAAUUGGCUCAUCAAACAAGGUCACAAGUAAAAUAACCAACUAUCUUAUUGCAUCAUAUUUUAAUCAAAUGAACUGUCUUUGAAGUUCGAAGGCUCCAAUUAUGAUAACAAGCACCUUUGUGCUGUGUGGUAGUUGUAUAGCCAGGGAAACAGCAUCUCACUUUCCACUGAGUACCACUCUGUCCCCCAAAUGGGGAGGUGACGAUAGGGCAUGGUCUUGUGCCCUUGUCCUGGGUAUAAGACAGCCAUGUAAACUGGAGUUCUAGAACCAGCUGAACGUGGAAGUGUGGGCAUUCUGACCUCCAAGGUACCUCUGUGGACACAAACUCAGUAAGCUGGCUUUAACUUUCCUGCUCCAAGCCCAAACUACUUUAUUAAGUUCCAUCUGUUGUCCUACUGCUCAGACUCUUUCCUACAUCCUUCAGGUCUCAAAGUUCAUGCUUUCAAAAUGAAGUCUAAAAAAUAACUGCUAAUCAAGAGUAUUGUCUUUUCAACAGAGCUGCCUUUUCCUAUUUAUGUAAACUCUCUUGUGUUGGUUUAACACGGCACUAUUUAAAUUUCUUUAAAAUUUCUCCCAUAGCACUUAAAAUAUUUUAUAAAGAUUUGCUGUAGAGAUUUUGUAACAAAAUGGUCUAAGGGCUCCUUUUCCAACAUUACCAUUUUUUAAAAAUGUUUUAAAAGCUAGAAAACUAUGUAUAUUCUGUAUAUGUAUAGCAGCACAUUUCAUUUAUGGAAAUAUGUUCUCAGAAUAUUUAUUUACUAAUAUAUUUAUCUUAAGCCAUGUCUUAUGUUGAGAGUGUGACAUUGUUGGAAUAAUCAUUGAAAAUGACUAACACAAGGCCCUGUAAAUACAUGAUAAUUGCACACAGAUUUUACAUAUUUACAGACCAAAAAUGAUUUAAAACAAGUUGUAGUCUUCUAUCGUUUUGUAACAAAUUGUACAAAUGACUGUAAAGAAAAUACAAUUUUAUCAAGUAUGUGUUAUAUGUUGUCAUUGUUCUAUUCUGUCAAGGUCUUCAGAUUCUACAAGGAAGAGGUUUGUAUGAACCAGUGGUGAUUUUUUUGUUGUUGUUUUUUUGUUUUGGGGAGUUUUUUGUUUUUGGUUAAUGGUUGUUGUUGUUUUUCCAGUCCUGGGAAUUGAACCCAGAGUCUUUGUACUGAACUGCAUCCCCACCACCACCCUUUUUUCGUUUCAUUUUGUUUUGAUCAGGACUAGGUCUCUAAAGUUGCCCAGAUUAGCCUUUAAUUUUAUGUGUCCUCCUGCUUCAGUCUCACACAGUGCUGAGAUUACAGGCAUGCACCACUGCACCUAGCCAAUGCUUUGAACUUCAGUUUACACUUGAAAGUAUCCUUAUCACUUUCCUCUCCUGUCAACACAGUCUAAGCUUUGGGAAGUUCUGCGGUGUCAUGGGAGAACAUUUGCUAAAAAUGGGGAGCUUAAAUCCUUGCAAUGUUGAUAGACUUUCUGCUUAGUGCAUAUGUUUUUUUGGUUUUUUGCAUUUUAUUUUUUGAGAUAGGCUCUUGCUGGCCUUAUUAAACUUGCCAUAUAGCCCAGGCUGGCCUCAAACUCACAGCAAAUUUCCUGCCUCAGCCUUCCAGGCGCUGGGAUUACAGGCAUGCACUGCCACACCCAACUCUGCUUAGAGCAUAUGGAGGAAACUAGGAAAAGUAGUACAGUAACAAUGGUCAGGAGUUUUGCUGGGGUAAUAAUACACCUAUAAUCAGCACUUGACAAGCUGAGGCAGGAGAAUCUGGAGUUAAAACCAGCCUGUGCAAUUUAGUAAGACCCCUGCUCUAAAAACAGCAAAAGCCUAGUGGUCCACUUUCUUGAAAUAAGGAAGACAGAUUGGAUAUAAACUCAUCUUCCAGGCCUUUUCCUGUCUGAAAACAAAAAUCCACAGGCCCUGUAGGUUUAAAAAAAAAAAAAGAAACUUCCAAACAUACAACUCGAAAUUAGUGAAUCAUUUGCCAGGCAUAGUGGUGCAAGUCUGUGUCCCAGCUACAGAAGGCUGAGGCAAGAGGAUCAUUGAGAUCAGCCUUGUCAGUAUGGUAGGACCCUAUCUCUGUCAUAUGUAAAUUACCAAAACUGUAUGGAAAUAGACCUCAGUCUUGAGCAAUUUAAUAACUGUUUUGUCUUCCUUGAAAAACAGUCUUGAGAUUGCAUGGAAGGUGCAAAACUGUACUUAUUUUUCAGACAUCUAGCAGAGACUAUCCUAAACUCAUGUGUUCCUGUUCUUGUUUUUCAUUUUAAUUUGGGCUGUUUCUUGGGCACAGGACCCUCACCCAGCCACUUCCCUCCUGGCUAGAGGUCCUUCUGAGCAACUUUGAGGGUGGCAGCUUGACUGCGCAGAGCUUCCCAAAGCUUUUGUUUGAUGGCCUUGCCCAGCUCCAAGUUGUACCUCUUGGGGGUUCCUGAAGGGUUCCACAGCAUUGGCUCCACCACAGCAUGGUAUAGAGCCUUGUAACCCUCUGUAGGGAGGCCGUGGAUGGUUAGAGCAUCCUCUGACAGCUGCUGUCUCUUUUGGGUUUCAGGAAGUGAUGCUUGCCCCUUCCAGGCUGUCAACUCACUGUCCCGGGGUAGUGGUUGGGUGGCAGCCACAUGUUUGUCAUAUCUGUCCUCAAGAUCUUGGCUGGCAGUUACUUUUUUCUCCUUUGAACUUUCUUUGCGCUAGCCAGGAAGAAAGCAGAGAUGUCAAACCCAAAACUUGAGAAGGGAGCUCAGAAUAAUUAUCUGGGAUUUGUAUCUCAAAGUCUUGGUUAUAGCAACAACCAACAUUUGUCUAGCGUGUUCUAGUUUUCUGAAUUCCUUUAUGUACACUGCUGUGUGUAUUCCCUGUAGACUGUUAAGGUCAGUAAGAGAUAACUUUAAAGGCAAGGAAAUUGGUUUGCUCAAGCCCACAAAGCUAGAAGAUUGUUAACCACAGCUGUCAUCUGCUUAAUGCCAGUCUGGAUCCUAAUUAUUUAUUUGGUGCCAGGGUCUGUUCAACAGCCAUUUGCAUGUAGCAACUCAUUUAAUUAUGGAGCCUUCUGAGGGAAAGGCCAUUUUAUAUGAUAAAAUCAAGACACAAAGAGAUUAGCCCAAAGUCAUCCUCAGUUAUAGCCAGAGUUGGGACUUGAACUCUUAACUCCAAGACAUUCUGCUGGCCUUCACUCAGAUCAGCCAAGCUAGCUGUCUGUGUGGAAACUAUGGCUUACCUCGGAUGUGUAUAUGUGUGCAAAGACACGCUACCCAUAGCCUGGCCUGCCUUCUCACCCUUAAUUUCCUUCUCUGUCAAAUUCCUUUUGUUUGUGUUUAGGAAGCCCUUUCACUCUUCUUUAUAAUAAAUAGCAUGACUCCAGCUCUCCGGUACUUUCUGUGCUCCAUCAUUGGCACCCCCCCCCCCAUCCCAGCCCUAUCUUCAACUUCAGGAUUUUUUUCACUUGUACUUCUCUUAGAUGUUAAGUGCUCACUAGCUUUACCUUUUUCCUCUCCCCAUCAAAUAAGCUCCACUACUGGCCAUUGCCUACCUUUCUGAUGCUUCCUGCUGGCCUCCUGUGCCCAGGUGAACCUGGCACCUGCCCCACCUGCCGCCUGCUCUUGAAAUUAAUGGAGCUGCUUAUCCUAGCCAGCGGGGUGGCUUUUGUUGUUGAAUUGUCUGUAGAUCUUAAUCUCUUCAAGGAUUUUGCUUCUCCAAACCUGGAAGGUACUGAGCAGCAUUUAUCUUUCAGUUGCCUUCUGAGCACAAGUUUAACCAGGGAGAAUGAGCUGGUGAUUAAUGGACUCUUUACCACUUCCCAACAAGAGGCAGUACCUGACGUUGGGGCCUGAAUGUUCUGCUUUGCACACAUUCUAGCCAUCCAGAUGUUGGUGAGAGCUGGAGAGAGAACAUAACAGUCCUGGAGCCUGGUAUUCAGUAAAAUAGACUGUCGAAGUCCAUAGGUUGCCAUGCUGGAGCCACUUCCCACAUAGGAUCGAUGCUAGGAUUAUGGGGAGCAAGGGAGGAAUAAAACAAGCAGUUCUUAAGCAGAGACUAGCAAAUCUACUUUUAAUUCUAUUAUUAGCAUAAGUAUAAAUAUUAACAUCUUUUUAGAGAUGUUCUUUCCACAUAGAUCUUUUAAAAUUUUGCUACACCUCUCCCCUUUUAUAUCAAAUAAGAAAGAGAAACUUUACGAGAUUGUGAUAUUUAAACUCUUGAAGAACAUAACAUGCUGAGGUAGGAAGUCGGGCAAGAGAAGGUUUACUAGGAAUACAAGACAAUUUCUGUCUGCUGGAAGAAUAAGGGAAUCUGUAGCCAGAAAGAAAUAGGAAGGAGGGUCACCAAAAAUUCCUAUAUAAACUGUAGCCACAACUCAUUUACACUGCAAAUAGAAAUGACAGCAGGUAAAUCCUGCCAAACCCUGGAGACACCUUCCAACCAUACUGCUGUAAGCCAAGAAAAGCCACUAAAGAGAAGAAUAUUGCAUAAAGGCACAAGUACAGCCUAAAUUAUACUUGUCUCCACUUCCUGAGACUAGCCAAGAACAAGAAAACAAUUUGAAUAGAUUACAAUCACAUACUUAAAAGAGACCUGGCUAAGAAAUUUCAUCUAUAAAAAAUAAAAUCACCAAGGCCAAGGAUACAGCUCAGCAGCAAAGUACCUGCCUGGCAAAUGCAAGGUCCUGAGUUCAAUUCCCAGUACAAAAAAGUAAAAAUAAAAUCACCUUACCAUAUUUCAGUUGCUUUAAAUUUUAUUUUAGCUAGCUUAGUAGGGGAAAGAAAUAUGUAUUUCUUUUCUCUUUUUGUUUUGUUUUAAUAUUUCUAGUCACCUGUCUUUCUCUGCCUAAGUCAUGUAUAGAUAAAUUGCUCAUAUGUAGGCAGUUUUGAGCCAUUAUCUCUAGUAUUUGUGAUGUCACUUUGGUUUGUGAUGUGGAUGUGGGUGGGUGUUACAUCAUCAGAUUUUAUAAUUAAAUUAUGUAGAAAGUUCUGUUGUGUUGUACGUAGCCUUAGGAACUUCUGAAGUCCUCACUUUCACCAGAGUGGCUUGGGUAAAAAUCCUAAUGUUCUUUUUUUUUUUUUUUUUUUUUUUUAAAUCCUAAUGUUCUUAAGAAACAUGCUUUGUAUGAAGUGUCAAAUAUGCAGACCAAAUUUGUGGCUACAGGUAGUGAGAUGCAUCUCUGCAUGUGCAAAAGAACCCUUCUCUAUGCACAUAAAGAAGGUACUGUUAAAUUCUUAUGAUAGCUGCCAAACUUAGGGACCAGAAAUGAGAGAACACGUUCCUAUCAUCCUGGGCACUUCUCCCUGUGUAUCUCUCCGAAAGAGACUUACAUGGUUUCUGGAAUGUGGUUUUAUUUUACAUCCCAUGGCAGUGCAGUAAUUAGAGCCAUUAGCAGUGUCAAGAGCUUGAAAGGAGAACAAAGACAUCUCUUCUUGGGAACUCUUGAGCAAUACCCUGCUCCUUAUCAGGUGCUGGUCCUGUUGGUUUUGAUUUUUCAAAUGCAAAAUGCUCAAGGAGCCUCCCUCCCUAGGGAGAGGAGAAUGAAAUGAUGGAAAAUUCAAGCAUGAGUCUGGCAGGAACACCUGGAAUCACAUGUGUUACCUAUUUGAAUUUCUGAGUGUUAUCCCUAGAGUGAGUCAAAGCUUACAGGCAGACCACACCACAGGCUGUGGUGGAACCACCUCCAGACCCACGCAUCUGGACCCACAGACACUAGGGAAGACAAUGACACUCAUUCAGUGACGAGUCCUGGCCUCACCUCCUAAGAGGUGGAUCAGUUUUAGAGUGGGGCUUUGGAAAGGAUUUGUCUUUAGGAACAGUUUGCAAAUGUCUGGCGCUUGGGCAGGCAAGUGAGCAUCCUCUCAGGGCUGGUAAAUUUGGGGAGGUGGCAGCAUGCUCUUGGGCUACCUGAAAAUUGUCAUCUGCAUCUAAAUUUUAUCUAGCAGAGAUAGAAGGCAAGUAUGGUGCUGGAAAGUUAUCAUUGGAGUAGCUCUUUUGCUUGUCUUUCCCCAUCUUUUUUGUUUCUUUGUUUUGUUUUUUUGGCCCCCCUCUUCCUUUUUUUUUUCCUUCCAUCUUUCUCCCCUCCAUCCCUAAUUCCUUUUCCUUCCCUUCCCUUUCCUUCCUUCCUCUUUGUUCCCUUCCUGUUUUAAGACAAGGCUUUACUAAGUUACUAAAUUGCCUAGAGUGGGCACAAGCUUAUGAUCCUCCUACCUCAGCACCCCUGAAUUCUGGGAUUACAGGUGUGUCACCAUGCCCAGCUUCUUUCCCUGUCUUGAGUUUGGCUUUCCUGCACCUUCUUCCAGACUCUCAUCUAUCUUAUCUGCUUUCUUGUUUUUGACUCAAUACCAAUUGACACAGCUGUGACUGUAAAGAGCACUUUGAAUCUCCUUUUUGUACCAAGCUGGUCACAUAGGCAGCACUCUUAAUAGGCUUCCAACCUGAUCAAAUUCUGCCUUCUCCCUAUUUUGUGUAACUUACUUCAACAGACUGUGUUCUAUAAUGACCUUCACCAUCCUUAGAACCAACUCCGGCUGGAACUUUACUUGUGCUAUUUUUACUAUAUUGAGAAAAUUAGUGUUUAUUCAAUGCUUAUGAAGGCCAGGCAAUGUUCUAGGAAUGUUAUAAAUACUGUGUCAUGAAAUGUGGCCUACAGUCCUAUGAGUGUGGGCACUGUUGCCAUCCCAACAUUACAGAUGAAGAAAUUGAGAUAUAGCUGUUCAAGAACCAUACUCCAGGUCCCACACUUAGUAAUCAACAAAGACUGAACUCAGUGAAAUCUGCACAGCCAUUGCUCUGAAUCAUUCACAGUUAUCACUGUGAGGCCUUUCCUCCCCUCUGGUCCAGCCACACACCCUUUUUGGCCCAGUCCUAGUCCUCUGUUUUGAGACUCUGGGCUCAAGAAUUGUUUUACUCAAGUUGGCAUCCCAGGUCCAUGUCUCAACUUCAGUUUUAUCUAUCCUUUUAUCACUUGCACCUCUGCACUCUAGCCUGUCAGACUCCAUAUUUUGCAUAUGGAAUAACCUGGCACAGGGCUGACCCACAGGUCUAUCCAAAUUCCUGAGGCAGGCUCCCUCUUUGAGCAAAUAGAUCAGUUUCAUUAUUUGUCAAAUGAAGAUGGUAAUAGUGCCUACCCAUUGGUUUUAGUGAGAAUGGAGUAAAUGAAGUACUUGGCAUAACUUCUGAUGGACAUAGUUAGUACCUAGUAAGUCAUUCUUGCACUGGGAUAGGAAAAGAAAAAAAAUCUCUGCGCUUUCUGCCUUUGGGGUGGCCCAAAUUGAAUUGGGGAAUAUUGUCUGCAGAAAAUAAGUAGAUGAUGUGGUUCUUAACUUUGUUAAUAUUGUAGCCUAUUCAUUCAUCUAACCUUCUCUCUAGUCCUUACUGCCUAUGGUCUCGGUAACUUAAUCAAAUAUUUGACAUUCUCUUUGUCUUAGGUCCCUCAGGUUUAUGAAGCCAAACAGUGAGCCCCUUGAAGGCGGGAAUAUUUCUGAUCUGGCUUGGGUGUCCGAGCGUCUCUUUUCUCAUCAUCCAUCUACACUACAGAUGUGUGAGGCUGAUGGACUUCACAGAAGUAGUAACUGGACAGGAGCUACAUUUCCUGUUUGGUGGUUCUGGGAGUGUCCCAGAACAGUUCAUGUUUCAUUAGAUGGAAAGGGAUGUGGGCAGUGGAGGAUACAGUAAGAAAACUAGACAUCAGCAAAGAGUGUUCUCUCAAAAGUUGUUAAGAAUUAUAAAUUCAGGGCCAGGGAUUUAGCUCAGUGGCAUAAGAGCCUGCCUGGCAAGCACAAAGUCAUGAGUUGAAUCCUAUCCCCCCAAAAAAAGAAUUAUAAAUUCAGGCUGGAAAGACUAUUUGGUCCAGGAAUCUGAAACCAUGGUGAGAGUUUCCAUCCUUGGCUAGCUCAUAGGGUUGAGAUAGUUGGACUACUAUAUUGAUGAAAGUCUUCCUAAGUUUGAUGCUCAUAUGAAGCUUUUUUAUAUUUUGCUGACUUCAAUCUGAUAACCUUUAUUUUCCACCCAUCAUUGGGAGUUGUGCUUCCUAAUAUAUCUAAACUAGCACCUCUAUUUGGAAAUACAUCUGCCUUUGAUGCUUAGCCAAACUUUUCCUCCUAGUAUUUUUAGCUCCUAUAAUCUUUCUUUUUUCUUUUAUUUGUUCUCUUUAGUCUUUCAGCUCUUAUUCUCUGUCUGGAGAAUCAGCUAGUCAAGAAGAAAUUGAACCCAUGUAUAUGAAUUCUUCUCUUUCCCCUUUUAUGGAAUAGUUGUGAAAUUGUUAUUUCUCACUUCCUCAGAAGAUGUUUUUAUUUUAAUACCCAAGCAGUUAAUUUCUAUGCCCUAUGAGAACAUAUCUGAGGCAUAUCUGAAGAGAAAAACUUUGGAGAAAGAAUUUGAAAAGAUUCCUGAACUAUGAUGCAAACUGUGAAGGUCACUGAUUUAGACCACAUGUGCUGAAUAUGUACCAAUCUUGGGCCAAGGAUGUGAAAUGAUGUCUGCCUGUCCUUUCACCAUUUGUCACCUGAGUUGGAAUGCUGAUGACUCCCAUCUCCAACCCAAAAUUGUCCAACUAGGACACUCCACAGUUACCUCUAAUUCACUGUGUUCAAGACCAGAUUGUUUCUCUUCUCUCACCCCAUCAAACAAGCAAAUUACUACUUCUCUCAAAGUUUCCAUCACUAGAUACCUCAGUCAGAAACCUGGGAGACAGGAUCAGUAAGCAUUCUGUGCUGAAUCAAACCUGAGUCCAAAGGAAAAUCAGGAUUACAGAUCCUGUCUUUAUUUAAAAUGUUGAUAAUGGGCUGGGGAAUAGCUCAGUGGUAUGGUGCUUAGCUAGCAUAUGUAAGACCCUGGGUUCAAUUCCUAACACUGAAAAAAAAAAGUUGAUGUAUUUCAUUGUAGAUUUUGGGGUGUUCAUUUAUAUUUUAAAAGAUACUGCAUUUAAUGUUUAUUAUAUAUUUAUUAGAUUUGUAUAUUUAUUAUUAAAUAAUAUUUAUCUUGA